AUGGAACUAAAACAAGAACAAAACAAAACAACACUCUCUAAAGAAGAAUGUAAGAUGGAAAUACAAAAUAUUGGUUUGUCUCAUGUUGUACUUCCUUGCUCUGUUAAAACUGACUUGAAGAAGGAAGAAUUCGUUAUUACAGAAUCACUUCUUACUGAUUCCAGUAACUAUUUUGUCAGUGGCAAUCCUUCAGGUCAAUUAAACAUCGAAAUUAACAAUGAAAAAAUCAAACUAGAGGAGGUGGAUAAAGCUGAAACAGUAGGUGCUGAAAAUGAUAUUGAAAUUAAAUAUGAUAUAAAGAAAGAAGCAGGGAAAUAUGGUCAAAGCCAUGAAGCUAGUCAAUUAUCUACAUCAAUCACCCUUGAGGACCUUAAGGAAGAACAAAAAGAAGAUUAUUCAGGUUUUGUGGAGAUGAAUACAAUGAAAAUAAUAAAAUCUUUGCCAGCACGUAUAUGUUAUAAAAAACAACAAUGUGAAAUUUGUUUUAAGUCAUUUGCUAGAUCAGAUACUCUGACGAAUCAUAUGAGAUUGCAUACUGGUGAGAAACCUUAUCAAUGUCAAAUUUGUUUUCAAUUGUUUACUAGCUCACGAUAUAUAAAGAGACAUAUGAGACUGCAUACUGGUGAAAAACCUUAUCAGUGUAAAACAUGUUUAAAAUCAUUUUCUCAAAUAUGUAAUCUAAACAGACAUAUGAAAGUGCACACUGGCGAGAAACCUUAUCAAUGUGAAAUUUGUUUUAAAUCAUUUUCACAAUUAUUUACUUUAAAGGAACAUACAAGAAUUCAUACUGGUGAGAAACCCUAUCAGUGUGAAAUUUGUUCAAAGUCUUUUACUGUAAAAAGUUCAUUGAAAUCACAUACUACAACGCACACUGGGGAGAAACCUUAUCAAUGUAAAAAUUGUUUUGAAUCAUUUUCAAGAUCAGAUACUCGAAGAAGCCAUAUUAGGAAAUUUCAUACGGGUUUUGUGGAGAUGAAUACAAUGAAAAUAAUAAAAUCUUUGCCAGCACGUACAUGUAAUAAAGAACAACAAUGUGAAAUUUGUUUUAGGUCAUUUUCUAGAUCAGAUACUCUGACAAAUCAUAUGAGAUUGCAUACUGGUGAGAAACCUUAUCAAUGUCAAAUUUGUUUUCAAUUAUUUACUAGGUCACAAUAUAUGAAGAGACAUAUGAGACUGCAUACUGGUGAAAAACCUUAUCAGUGUAAAACAUGUUUGAAAUCAUUUUCCCAAAUAUGUAAUCUUAACAGACAUAUGAGACUGCACACUGGUGAAAAAACUUAUAAGUGUGAAAUUUGUUUUAAAUCAUUUUCGCAAUUAAUUACUGUAAAGGAACAUACAAGAAUUCAUACUGGUGAGAAACCCUAUCAGUGUGAAAUUUGUUCGAAGACUUUUACUGUAAAAAGUUCAUUGAAAUCACAUACUAGAAUGCACACUGGGGAGAAACCCUAUCAAUGUGAUAUUUGUUUGAAGCUGUUUGCUGCAAUAAGUGCUUUAACAUCACAUACCAGAACACACACUGGAGAAAAACCUUAUCAAUGUAAAAAAUGUCUUAAAUCAUUUCCAAGACCACGAAAUCUAAAAAACCAUAUAAGAUUGCAUACUGGUGAGAAACCUUAUCAGUGUGAAAUUUGUUUUAAGGGGUUUCCUGAAAAAAAUAGUUUGAAAAGACAUACGAUAAUUCACACUAAAGAAAAAUCGUCGUCUUAG